UAAAAAAAAAAGUAUUUAUUUAUUUAUUUUCAAGUCUACUAAAAAGCCAAAGGAAGGAGACCUCAUUGAAAUCCUCCGGGGCUUAUACCAGCACUGGGCUAUGUAUGUUGGGAAAGGUUAUGUGAUUCACCUGGCACCACCCUCUGAACACGCUCAUGCUGGGGCCGGCAGUAUGAUGUCAGUACUACAGGGCAGAGCCACAGUGAAGAAAGAAAAACUUUGUGUAGUAGUUGGCGAUAAUAAGUAUCGUAUCAACAACACUCUGGAUGAGAAAUAUGAGCCACGUUCUGUUAAAGAGAUUCUAGAGGAUGCACACAGUCUUUUGAAUAAAGAAAUUCCAUAUAGUGUGUUCACAAGGAACUGUGAGCACUUUGUUAUAGAGCUCAGAUAUGGAAAACCAGAGUCCCGUCAGGUGCGAGAUGCAUUGAUGGCUGUUGAUGCAGUGGCUGGUGUAUGGACUGCCAUUAGCGCUGCUUAUGCUAUUGUAAAAUGUCUUGAUUUAAAAGACAAAGAGGAGCAGGCAGAAUGA